AUGCCCUGGACCACUGCCCUCUACCUCCGCCUCGACUCUCUUGUCCAAGCAGCGCUCGCAACUUUUGGCAUGCGCGCAUCAUCGUGCGACUGCUUCAACGAUCUGCGCUCCACCAGGCAACAUCACACCUGCCAGAUCAAGCUCCCCGACGGCGUCAGCGUGCAGGCGGGCACCGACCGGGUCCAGGUGCCGGCCUCGCAGCUCUCCCUCCCGCUCCUCUACGCACCCAACAGCAUCACUCUCGCCGUGUCUACGCCGCUUGCGGACCACCCUGUAGCUCUGCCAGCCCUCUCCGAGACUCCUUGCAACGUCAGCCGCAAUCAGCAGCUGCGAGCGAGGAUGCAGCGAACCUGCGUCGGCGUCGCGUCGUGUGCCGUCACCGGGGACCCAAGCCCGUAUCAGCGCGACCUUCAGGCUGCCCAUAUCAUACCACGGACGGUCGGCGACUCCCUGCAGCAGCUCAUUGAUCUCUGGGGAGGCGACGACCGUGGCUCCCGCAUCUCGCGUCCCGAUCCCGUCGCCGACCCGUCGGGCCAGGUGCUCAAAUCCUUGCAGCAGGGCAGCACGCACGGACUUGCCCUCUUUGACCCCCAACUCUCCCCUCAGCAGCUUUCCCACGGCAUCGACUCGAUAUCAAACGGUCUGUGGCUCAUCCACUCGGCCCAUCACAGCUUCGCCGCUCAUCGCUUUGUCGUAUUGCACGGCCGUCUGCUGCCGCUCGACGAGCCCGUAAGCCGGGUGCUUGACCCAACAGCCUGGGUUCCAGCAGCUGCCGCAGACGGAUCGCAACAAGCGCAGCACGAUGCUCUCACAGAGCUCCUCACCGAGUACCGCGACUCGCGCCAGCCGCUGCGGUCGGACAGUGUCGAGGCGGACUUGGCACGCUUCUCAAUCGUGCCGGGCAACACCAAGGCUCAGCUAGACCAGCUGUACCUACUGCACUUCAGGUCUGUCUACUGCAUCUACCGGGUGUACCGGACCCACACGAGCCAAGCACUCAUCAGGGAGCUCUUCGGACCGGGACCAGGACCGGGAGGCGAUGAUGGCUCCGCCAGCGGCCCCCCUGCGGCAAAGAGGCAGAAGACGGGCCAGGACCAAUCUCAGGACCGGCCUCAGCAACGAUCUGAGGGCCAGCCUCAGCAUCCACCUCAGAGCCAGCCUCAGGAUCCGCAUCGGGACCAGGCUUCCGGGAGCGACGACGACGGCGGCGUCAGCUCUCGCGGCGGAAUCAAGGUCGUUGAGCCGGUCCCCUCGACGGGCCCGAGAGGCAGUCAACACGGCAGCAGUGGAGGAGAAGAAGCGGCUGAUGUCGAGAUCGGCGACAGCGAGGAUGGCGCAGCGCCGACAAGCAACGACGGGACCGGCAGAGAGCGACUGACCAAGGGCGAGGGCGAUGGCGAGGGCGAGGGCAGAAGCGAGAGUGAGAGCGAGGGCGAGGGCGAGGGCGAGGGCGAGGGCGAGGGCGAGGGCGAGGGCGAGGGCGAGGGCGAGGGCGAGGGCGAGGGCGAGGGCGAGGGCGAGGGCGAGGGCGAGGGCGAGGGCGAGGGCGACGACAACGAGGUCGGCACAGACGGGACCGAGGAAGCGGACGGAUGGGCGGACGAGGCAGACGUUGGCCGGGACUUCCUCGACUUUGUCCGGACCGCCCUGACUGCCAGGGCCAUGCUGAGGGUCGGAUGA